CAGGGCAAAGUGUCCAAAUGCAUAGAAAAACUCCUGAAGCGGCUGAGAUCCACGUGACACACGAUAAUAAAGAUGGCAUUUAUUAAAGAGGAGAGUGAAGACAUGAAGAUUGAAGAAACAUUCAGAGUCCAUAAUGAAGAAACUGAGGAACAAACAGAGAUGGCGUUUAUUAAAGAGGAGAGUGAAGAUGUGAAGAUUGAAGAAACAUUCAGAGUCAAUCAUGAAGAUACUGAAGAACAAACAGACCUAAAUUCACUGAAAGAGGAGAUGGAAGUUCUGAAUGAAACUCAAGAGAAUGAUCAGUGUGAGAAUCCUCAUGAUUUCGUAACUGGAGAAAAUAAUUUUUGUUCCUUGCAGUCUGAAAAGACUUCCACAAGAAAAAGAGCUCAAAAGACAGGAACUAGGAGUUAUUUCAUGUGCUUUCAGUGUGGAAAGAGUUUCAGUCAACAUGCACAUAUUGAAGCUCACAUGAGAAUUCACACAGGUGAGAAGCCUUUCACCUGCAAACAUUGUGGAAAGACUUUCAGUCAACCAGGAAACCUUAAUUACCACAUGAGAGUUCACACUGGAGAGAAGCCUUUCACCUGCAAACAGUGUGGAAAAACUUUUAGUCAACCAGGAAACCUUAAUUACCACAUGAGAACUCACACUGGAGAGAAGCCUUUCACCUGCAAACAUUGUGGAAAGACUUUCAGUCAAAAUGGAAACCUUAAUUACCACAUGAGAACUCACACUGGAGAGAAACCUUUCACCUGCAAGCAGUGUGGAAAGACUUUUAGUCAACCUGGAGGCCUUAAUUACCACAUGAGAGUUCACACUGGAGAGAAGCCUUACACAUGCAAACAGUGUGGAAAGAGUUUCAGUCAACAUGGAAACCUUAAUUACCACAUGAAAGUUCACACUGAAAAGAAAUAAUACCUUUACACCCACCGGCGAAUUCACAUUAUGGAGAGUUUUUUGUUGUUUUACCCGCAAACAGUGUGGAAACAGUCUCACUCAGAAAGGACGUUUUAACAAGAACUUGAGAACUCAGACUGGAGAGAAGCCUGAGAUGUGCCCUCAGUGUGGAAAGAGUUUCCAUCAAAAAUAAUACCUUGAAAUCCAUAUGAAAAUUCACACUAG